AUUUUUUGUUUAACAAACAUUCUUGUUUUGCAUGUGUAAUUAUUUGAAAUUUUUCUUGUAGACAUAGUAUGCAUUUUUUGGAAAUAUUGCUGUAUGCAGGUUAGGGUGGGUCACUUUUGAAAUAUUUUUGAAUUUAGGUUUGGCUGGGCAUUUUUCUUAUGUCUUUGACUGUAUGAUAAUGAAAACCAAUUCUCUUUUUAUUUGCAUUUAAUGUUUAGUCAGGUAAUUUUCAGCUUGAAAAUUUUAGUUUUAUCAUAAAUAUAUAAUUUCCCCAGAGUUUUGUCAAUUUUUUUACUUUUGCCAUCUUCAAACCAUUUUAAAUCAAUAAAUGUCUUAAACUACACCUAUUUUAUCAAUAAAAAUGUCAAAAUAUGAUCCUAAAAUAUUGCAACUAAGGGGGGUAUUUUACCACAGAAAUGGGUAACAGUUAAUUUUUUUAAAUGUAUUGAUGACGUAUUUCUGAAAAUUUGUUUAUGUACGCUAAAGUCAGACCACUAGUAGCAGUUUUAUUAGUUAUUAAAAGGAAGAAAUAAUAACGCAUGUAUUUAUUGUAUAAAAAUAAGUUUACAGUUUUUAAAGAAUGGCUCAAAACACUUGUGAUAAAGUUAAAUGUAAAUUAACAAAGCUAAUUGGUACAGGAAAAACAUUAUUAGAGUCAGAACUACCAACUUUAAGAGAUGUUUUAUGAUAUGGUCUCUUUCUUAGAAGGAUUGAAGAAAAUAACCAAAAUUUAAGGCUUACUUCUGAAAAAUUGUGGACCUCAGUAAAAUAUUUAUGGCAAAAAGCUAAUCCACUUAUACCCAUUAUCUCUUAUAAAAAAGGAAAAGAAAGAAUCAUAUAUGACUGGAAAAAAGCAUAUAAUCUGGCGUCAGGUAGGGGAACAUUUAAGCAACUUUCUGAUCAUAAAUUAAUCUUAGAUAAACUGUUUGACAUAGCUAAGUGUAAAUGUUCAAUAAAAUCAUGCGAAAAAUCCAAUUGUUAUGGCUGCAACCAAGUUUUUCAUAUUGUUUGCAAAUGUUCUCAGGAAAAUAAAAUUCCUAUUAUUGAACUUUAAUUUUUAAAGUCACAGAGGGAUAAAGUUGGUUCUAAAAGUGGAAUGCAAAUAGGUUCAGUUGAUAAAAAAGAAGUAUCCAGACAAAAAAAAUACCAUCAAAGAAAGCAGAACAAAUCAAAGAGAGAUAGGAUUGAGACUGUACAGUAUUCUAAAGUAUUAUCUCAAAAUGAUGUGGAGUCAGACAAUGCUGACAAUGAUUAUAAUGACAAUCUUUAUUUACCAGAAAUAAAAAAAGUUUCUUAGCUAAAUACUUUAAAUGUAAAUCAUAUCGCUUUGUCAGCAUUACGAUUUGGUACAAGUAACAGAGCAACUGCAUCAAUAGGCACUGCAUUAUUAAAAGCAGCCAAAGAUGCAGGUUUUUUGAAAGAUCAUAUACUUGAUAAACACCUAGCUCUAGAUCAUAAAAAAAUUGAGAGAUCAAAGCAAAGAGUAAUGAAUGUCUGUAAAGAGAGACAUAAUAAUGAAGUUAAGAAAGAGGGCAUACAAUGUAUUAUGUUUGAUGGUAGAAAAGACCUUACUAAAACAGUUGUAUAUGGCAAUGAUGGUAAAUCUUAUCCUAGGGAGAUCAAAGAAGAUCAUUAUAGUGUCUGUUCUGAACCUGGUGGAAAAUAUUUAUUCCACUUUGUAAAUAAUUCAGAGGAGAGAGAAGCUCGAACACCUGCUGAACAUAUUGCUGAACAAUUAUAUGAUUGGAUAAUAGCACAUGGCAUUGAAAACCAAUUAAUUGCAAUUGGAGGAGAUUCAACCAACCUUAACACAGGUUGGAAGGGUGGAAUUAUUCAAUUUUUAGAGAAAAAACUAGGAUUCAAACUUAUCUGGAUUAUUUGUGCGCUACAUACCAACGAAUUGCCACUUAGGCAUUUAAUGUUAGCUUUAGAUGGAAAAACUUUAUCUGAAAAUAGAUUCUCAGGAAACAUUGGAAAACUUAUUAACAUAGCAACAAAUCUUCCUAUUUUGACAUGCAUCCCUCAGCUUGAUUUUGUUGUAGACCUAAUUCAUCUCGAGAAAGAAGUUGUAGAUUAACUGUCUACAGAUCAGAAGUAUUUAUACAGAAUACAUAAUGCAAUAGCAUCAGGUGUUUUUCCUGAUGACUUGAAGGAGAUUCAAAUUGGUCCACACAAUCAUUCAAGGUGGUUAAAUCUCGCAAAUAGACUACUUCGAAUCUGGUGCUCAGAGCAUUGUUUAAAAAACAAAGAUCUACAAAACUUGAAAUUGUUAACAGAGUUCAUCAUGGGUGUUUAUUCAAUUAUGUGGUUUGAUCUUAAGACUAAACAUAGCUGGAUUCAAGGUCCACAUCAUAUCCUUAAGCAACUAGCCUUGGUAAAAAAACAGAACAAGUUUGUGAAGGAUAUUGUAUUACCGCAUGUCUGCUCCUCUGCCUAGAAUGCACACAAUGAAUGUAUUCUUCAGACAAUGCUCUGUAGUUCAGAUGAAGGAGAAAGGAGAUUUGCAGUGCAAAAAAUAAUUGAUUUUAGAAAAAAUAAGGAUGUUGGAGACAGAAAAUGCAGGAUUAGAAGAAUUAUUUGAUUCAGUGUUUAUAAACCAGUGAUAAACACUGAAUCAAAUAAUCUAAUAGAUUUAAUCAAUUGGGAAACAGAGGAGAUCAUUGAACCGGUUCUUACUUGUUUGAUUAGAGAUGAUAUUAUACAGUUUAUUAAUAAUCCAAUGGUUGUACCAAACUUCCCUAUUCACGGUCAAUCUAUUGAACGCAUUGCGAAAGAGGUCACCAGGGCUUCAACGUCAGUGUUUGGUGCCGAGAGAAGAGAUGGGUUCAUAAGGGCUACAAUGGCUCAUAGAGAGCUGAUGCCUGUGUGCCAAUCAAAAUAAGAUCUGAUGAAAAUUUUGUAAUCAGUAUUUUAACUUUUAUUUUAGAAAAAUAUGCGGAAAAUGCUGUUAUCAA